AUGUUCCGCUCGCUCGUCAGCCGUCGCGCGCGCGCCGUCGCCCCUUCUCUCACGCACGCGCAGCCACUGACACGCCACGCCAGCACGAUCAAGAAGCUCAUGGCUGCGAAUCGGGGGGAGAUUGCCACGCGGAUCAUGCGUGCGGGCAACGAAUUAGGGAUCCGGACGGUCGGGAUCUUUUCCAAAGAAGAUCGGUUCACCCAGCACCGGUACAAGGCCGACGAGAGUUUCCUCGUGGGCGAAGGCAAGACGCCCGUUGGGGCCUAUCUGGACAUUGCCAGUAUCAUUGCCAUUGCCAAAGAAAACGGCAUUGAAGCUAUUCAUCCCGGGUACGGCUUUCUCAGUGAAAACGUCGGGUUCGCUCAAGAAUGUGCCCGAAACGGCAUUAAAUUUGUCGGUCCAACGCCGGAGAACCUCCAGCGGUUUGGGGACAAGACAGCAGCACGGGAGAUUGCAAAGGAACAAAAUGUACCGGUAGUACCUGGAACAGAUGGACCCGUUCGCUCGCUUGAGCAAGCUCGGGCAUUUAUUGACUCGGGGGUGGGGUACCCGGUGAUUAUUAAAGCUAGUAUGGGAGGAGGCGGACGCGGGAUGCGCGUUGUCACGUCAGCAGCAGAAUUGGACGAGAACUUUGAGCGUGCGAGCUCGGAAGCAUUGGCAGCUUUUGGAGAUGGCACGGUCUUUAUUGAACGCUACGUGGACCGACCACGUCACAUUGAGGUGCAGAUCUUGGGGGACGGACAGGGCAAUGUGGUGCACUUGUUCCACCGUGAUUGCAGCGUGCAGCGUCGGCACCAAAAGGUACUGGAGACAGCUCCAGCUGUUGGACUGGAUCCGGUGACGGAGAAGGCGAUGAUUGACGAUGCGGUGCGUCUCACGAGUGCGGCCAAGUACUUGAAUGCAGGAACGGUGGAGUUUCUGGUGGACCAGCAAGGUCGUCACUACUUUAUUGAAGUGAAUCCACGUAUCCAGGUCGAACACACGAUCACCGAGGAGAUCACGGGCAUUGACUUGGUGCAGAGCCAGAUCCGCAUCGCUGGUGGAGAGACUUUCAAAGACUUGGGUCUGAGCCAGGACAUGAUUAAGCCGCGCGGCCAUGCAAUGCAAUGCCGUGUGACCACGGAGAACCCCAGUACUGGUUUCCAGCCUGACUCGGGUGUUAUUGAAGUGUUCCGUAGCCCUGGUGGCAUGGGCAUCCGACUCGACGACGGUCCGGGAUUCGUUGGCGCACACAUCACUCCUCACUAUGACUCACUGCUUGUCAAGGUGACUGCACGUGCGCUGGACAGAGGCGACUGUGCGCAGAAGCUGAAGCGCGCGCUGUCUGAGUUCCGUGUCCGUGGUGUGACCACUAACAAAAGCUUCCUUACUAAUGUGCUGAACCAUCCGGACUUCAUUAAGGGCGUUAUCGACACAAGCUUCAUUGCCGAGAACCCGGACUUGCUGCUACCAUCAACGUCCACGAACCGUGGCCAAAAGAUGCUUAAGUACAUUGGCAACACAAUCGUAAAUGGUCCUGAAAAAGAGCUGGGUGCCAUCGGUCCUGCUCCGUCCAAGGUCGACCCGCUUAUUCCAACGCUGUCUGUCCCGCCUGCUUCAAAGGAGAAGUCGCUGCGCCAGAUCUACGUCGAGCAGGGACCGGAGGCGUUCGCCAAGGCUGUUCGCGCGAAGAACGGUCUGCUGCUGACUGACACUACAUGGCGUGAUGCUCAUCAGUCGCUUCUUGCUACACGUAUGCGUACGCGCGACAUGCUUGCAAUCGCGCCUGCUACUUCCAUUGCAAUGCGAGAUGCCUUCUCACUCGAGAUGUGGGGUGGCGCGACAUUCGAUGUGUCAAUGCGCUUCUUGCGUGAGGAUCCGUGGGACCGUCUAGCGAUUCUGCGCGAGGCCGUGCCCGACAUUCCGUUUCAGAUGCUUCUCCGCGGCGCCAAUGCGGUGGGUUAUACGAGCUAUCCGGACAACGUCGUGUACAAGUUCUGUGAGAAGGCCCAGGCUACCGGCAUGGACGUGUUCCGUGUGUUUGAUUCGCUCAACUAUCUUGAGAACAUGAAACUAGGCAUUGACGCUGUCGGUGCUGCUGGUGGUAUUAUCGAGGCUGCCAUGUGCUACACUGGCGAUGUGUCGGACCCAGCCCGCGGCCCCUAUAAUCUUGAGUACUACUUGGACUUCGUGCGUCAGUUGGUGGCUCAAGGUAUUCACGUGCUAGCCAUCAAGGAUAUGGCUGGUCUACUCAAGCCCCAAGCUGCGCGGAUCCUGAUUUCUGCCAUCCGCAAGGAGUUCCCGGACCUGCCGAUUCACGUGCACACGCACGACACUGCAGGCACGGGUGUGAGUUCAAUGCUCGAAGCUGCCUAUGCUGGCGCGGAUGCCGUUGACGUGGCAUCUGACGCCAUGUCGGGCACGACCUCGCAGCCGUCGAUGGGUGCAGUUGUUGCGGCGCUAAAGGGUUCAGAGCACGACACAAGCGUGAACCCCGAAGACAUUAUGGAAAUUAAUGACUACUGGGAGACGCUGCGCGGAGUCUACGCUCCAUUCGAGUCGGGACAGAAGUCAGGUUCGGCCGACGUGUACAAUCACGAGAUGCCUGGCGGCCAGUACACAAAUUUGCUGUUUCAAUCGACGCAGCUGGGUCUUGCGGGCCAGUGGCCAGCUAUCAAACGUGCCUACGCUGCCGCAAACCGCCUCCUGGGUGACAUCAUCAAGGUCACGCCUUCGUCCAAGGUCGUGGGCGACUUUGCUCAGUUUAUAGUGCAGAACAAACUCACGGAGGACGAAGUAGUGGACCGGGCCGAGACGCUAUCGUUCCCCAAGUCGGUGGUAGAGUACUUCCAGGGUUACUUGGGCAUCCCCCACCAUGGAUUCCCGGAACCGCUGCGUUCGCGUGUGCUGAAGGGCAAGCUGCUACCAAACGGUCAAGAGAUCUUCAAGGCCCGCCCCGGUGCAGAGAUGAAGCCAUACGAUUUCGAGGCAGCGGAGAAGGAGCUCAAGCAGAAGUAUGGCGAGGACAAGAUUCGCGACGUUGAUGUGAUCUCGCAUGCAAUCUACCCAGACGUGUUUGCAAACUUCAUGGAGUUCAAGGACGAGUACGGCUCUUUGCACUUUCUGGAUACGCGCACCUUCCUCACGGGCCUGGAAGUAGACACGGAGGUCGAGAUCGAGAUGGAACACGGCAAGACUGUGUUUAUCAAGCUCAUCGCAGUGGGCGGUGUGAGCAAGAAGAACGGGAUGCGCGACGUCAUCUUUGAGCUCAAUGGUCGACAGCGUGUGAUCAAGGUCAAGGACGAAUCUGCAGGGCUAGCCACAACAGCUAAGCCAAAGGCGACGGCUAUGGCUGGUUCGGUGGGUGCCCCAAUGCCUGGCGUCGUGCUUGAUGUGCGUGUGAAAAAGGGUGAGAACGUAAAAGCUGGCGACGCUCUGCUUGUACUGAGUGCCAUGAAGAUGGAGACCGUUGUAGCUGCUCCGGUGAGUGGUCGGGUAGUGUCGAUCCAUGCUGGUGUUGGUGACAACAUGCUGGGCGGUGACCUCCUCGUGGAAAUCGACGAGACUGGCGACGACGAAGAUUAA